AUGGAGCACUCAUAUACUCGCUCGCCUGCGGAUGUCUUAAAGGAGUUCGGCGUGGCGGCCGAAGCUGGCUUGUCCAAAGAACAAGUCCUACGGUCACGGGAAAAGUAUGGUCCAAAUGCUAUCGCCGAAGACGAAGCCACCCCUCUCUGGAAACUGGUUUUGGAACAGUUCAAGGACCAGCUCGUCCUGAUCCUCCUUGUUUCCGCCGCGAUUUCCUUCGUGCUCGCUCUUUUUGAAGAAGGAGACGACUGGACUGCCUUUGUUGAUCCGGCUGUUAUUCUUACCAUCCUGAUCCUGAAUGCCAUCGUCGGCGUGUCGCAAGAAAGCAGUGCUGAAAAAGCAAUUGCUGCUCUCCAGGAAUACUCGGCCAACGAGGCCAAGGUCGUGCGCAAUGGGACACUGCAAAAAAUCAAGGCCGAGGAGUUGGUCCCCGGAGAUGUUAUCAACAUCGCAGUGGGGGACCGCAUCCCCGCCGAUUGCCGGGUGCUCUCCGUUCAGAGCAACAGCUUCCGUAUCGACCAGGCUAUCUUGACUGGCGAGAGUGAAAGUGUUUCCAAGGAUACUACCGUCGUCAAGGAUACCCAAGCCGUCAAACAAGACCAGACCAACAUGAUUUUCUCCGGCACCACCGUCGUCGCCGGCCAUGCAACUGCCAUUGUCGUUCUCACCGGCGCUUCCACCGCCAUCGGAGGCAUCCAUGAAAGCAUUACUUCUCAAAUUUCGGAGCCCACGCCUUUGAAGCAGAAAUUGAAUGACUUUGGCGAUGUUCUCGCCAAGGUCAUUACCGUUAUCUGUAUCGUCGUCUGGUUGAUCAACAUCGAACACUUCAACGACCCAUCCCACGGAGGUUGGGUCAAGGGUGCCAUCUAUUACCUGAAGAUUGCCGUCUCUCUCGGUGUUGCCGCCAUUCCCGAAGGUCUCGCCGUCGUCAUUACUACUUGUUUGGCUUUGGGAACUCGCAAAAUGGCUGCAAAGAACGCCGUCGUUAGGUCGCUGCCCUCGGUUGAGACACUGGGAAGCUGCAGUGUAAUCUGUUCAGACAAGACCGGAACCUUGACUACUAACCAGAUGAGUGUGGAGACAAUUGUCUAUCUGAACAGCUCUGGAAAAGAUCUUGAGGAGAUCGACGUCGAAGGUACCACUUUUGCCCCGCAGGGCUCAUUGACAAAGAAUGGCAAAGAAUUGAUCGAUUUGGCGGCUUCUUCUUCCACGAUUCGCCAAAUGUCGGAAGUACUCGCACUUAACAACGAGGCUACCUUGGCAUACGACCCAAAGACUGGUUAUUCCUGCAUUGGCGAACCCACCGAAGGUGCUCUACGCGUACUUGUCGAGAAGAUCGGUACCGACGAUGCUGUUUUCAAUAAGAAUCUGCGAGCACUUGGUCCCUCUAGUAGAAUGCAUGCCACCAGUAAACACUACGAGUCCAAGUUGCCAGUGAAGGCUACCUAUGAAUUCUCUCGAGACCGCAAAAGCAUGUCUGUACUGGCUGGUGAAGGCAAGGAGCAGAAGCUUCUGGUUAAGGGUGCUCCGGAAUCGAUCCUCGAGCGCUGCUCGCAUACUGUUCUUGGUGAUAAUGGCUCUCGUGUGCCCCUGACCCAGAGCCAGAUCAAUCUGGUUUUGCAGAAGGUGACUGAAUGUGGUAACCGGGGCCUUCGUGUCAUUGCACUUGCCAGCGUCAGUGAUAUCUCGACUAACCCGCUCUUGCGCACUGCAAAGACUCCUGAAGAAUACACUCAACUGGAACGCAACAUGACUCUGAUUGGCCUUGUCGGCAUGCUUGAUCCUCCUCGUCCUGAAGUUAUCGGCUCUGUCAAGAACUGCCGCGAAGCCGGUAUCCGCAUUAUCGUUAUCACCGGUGAUAACCGAAACACCGCCGAGUCCAUUUGCCGUCAAAUCGGCGUCUUUGGCCCGAAUGAAAACCUUCAAGGCAAGAGUUUUACUGGAAGAGAGUUUGAUAACCUCAGCGAGAGCGAACAAAUCGAUGCUAUCAAAACCGCGUCUCUUUUCUCCCGAACUGAACCCUCCCACAAGUCGAAAUUGGUUGACCUCCUUCAAUCUCUCGGCCACGUUGUUGCCAUGACUGGUGACGGUGUCAAUGAUGCCCCUGCUCUGAAGAAAGCCGACAUUGGUGUGGCCAUGGGAACUGGCACUGAUGUCGCCAAACUCGCCGCUGACAUGGUACUUGCCGAUGACAACUUUGCCACCAUCGAGGUUGCCGUCAGCGAGGGCCGAUCUAUCUACAGCAACACGCAGCAGUUUAUCCGGUAUUUGAUUUCCUCCAACAUUGGAGAGGUUGUGUCCAUCUUCUUGACUGCGGCGUUGGGCCUGCCCGAGGCUUUGGUCCCGGUUCAGCUGCUGUGGGUGAACUUGGUCACCGAUGGUCUGCCUGCUACUGCUCUCUCUUUCAACCCAGCCGAUAACGAUGUGAUGAAGCGACCUCCUCGCGGACGGAACGAAGCUCUCGUCGGAGGGUGGCUGUUCUUCCGGUACAUGGUUGUUGGCAUCUACGUGGGUGCUGCGACUGUGUUUGGAUACGUGUGGUGGUUCAUGUACAACCCAUCCGGCCCCCAAAUUUCCUACUGGCAAUUGUCUCACUUCCACAAAUGCUCCACCGAAUUCUCCGAGAUCGGCUGCUCCAUGUUCGGCAACGACAUGUCCAAGUCAGCCUCGACCGUAUCUCUAUCCAUCCUGGUGGUCAUCGAGAUGCUCAACGCCAUGAACGCGCUCUCGUCGAGCGAGUCACUCCUCACUUUCCCACUGUGGAAAAACAUGAUGCUGAUCUACGCCAUCAUCCUGUCCAUGUCUCUACACUUUGCCAUCCUUUACGUUCCUUUCUUGCAAGGUCUGUUUGCAAUCAUGCCCUUGGACUGGGAUGAAUGGAAGGCUGUUUUGAUUAUCAGCUCUCCAGUGAUUGUAAUCGACGAAAUCCUCAAAUUCGUCGAACGCCGCGUCUACGAUCGACGUGUCGAGUCCGUUGAAUCCGUCAACGCCAACGGAAAAGUGAAAGCCGCAUAA